GCGGUGCGCGCGGUUGGGGGAUUUCCUGGGCGGAAGCAGCGGAGGGGGUUUCCAGUGUGCUCAGCCCAGUCCCAGUCCCAGUCCGCUGGAUCAGUGACUGGAUCCCAGUGAAGCUCCCACAACGACGAAGGACCGCCAACCCGGACCCCGGACCACAGACCCCGAACCCGGACCAUGAGGACCCCCGCCGCCGCUUCAGGCUGAGGCCCGGAGGCACCGAGGCAGCGGCGGCAGCAGGUCGACGGUUUGAAUCCCGGACCCAGACGCAGAGUCCGCCGAGGAGCCGCUGAGCUGUGGCCCGCGGAGCAGAUACAUGUCAUGUCAGGGGGCAGAAGUGUUGACCACAGGGAGGUGCAGAUUCCCCUCCAGCAGGUGGCGUCCUCCCUGGCCACACCUCUGUCUGUGGCCCCUCCCAUCACCGCCCUCUCACACCGCCCAGCCAAUCCCUGGCCUCCCGGAGACCCCGCCGCUCCACCAGGUGCGUGUGGUUCAGGUGCGCCCGCGGGCUUCCUGCCGCUCCACGGGGGCUUCAGAGACCACUUCGUAGAGACUCCGGAGGCCAAGUACUGCUGCGAGGCCUGCCGGCUGGUCCUGUGCCAGCCCCGACAGACCGAAUGUGGACACCGCUUCUGUCAGAGCUGCAUCAGCGACAUCCUCAGCCGUCAAACCCCGGUGUGUCCAGCCGACAUGGAGCCGCUGUUCAAAGAUAAGAUCUUCAGAGACGUUUGCUGUCAUCGGGAAAUCAUGGCGCUGAAGGUUUACUGUCGCAGUGAAGCCAACGGCUGUCAGGAGCAGAUGAGUCUGCAACAGAUACCUGACCAUCUCAACGUGUGUCCGUUCUUCGAGGUUCCCUGUCCUUUGGGAAAAUGCAAAGAACGAAUGAUGAGGAAAGAAAUUCCAGAUCAUCUGAGCUGGAAAUGUAAACACAGGGAAUCCACCUGCGAGUUCUGUAUGACCAAGAUGCCCCUGACCGACCUACAGAAACAUAAGGAGACAGUGUGUCCUGCGUUCCCGGUGUCAUGUCCAAACCACUGCUCCUUCUCCUCUCUGCCCAGGAGCGAGCUUUCUACUCAUCAACAUGACUGUCCCAAAGCUCAGGUGAGCUGCCCAUUCCACCGCUACGGCUGCACCUUUAAGGGUCUGAACCAGGACCUGAGGCCACAUGAGUCCAUGUUCGUGGCUGAACAUCUGAGGAUGAUGGCCACCAGGAACGCUACGUUAGAGAACAAGGUGGAGGACAUGAAGGCAGAGAUGAUGGAGCGCUACAAGAUCCUGCCUGUUCUGAGCAGUCGACUGUCGGAGGUGGAGAAGCAGAACGACGAGCUGAGGGAGAAGAACCGACAGACAGAGCAGAAACUGGCCACCGUGCAGAAGCUGAUGAGCUCUCACUCAGAGAAACUGCUGGAGGUGGAGUUGGAGCUGCGCUCUCUGCGCCUCCUCAGGGACGAGGUGGAGAACCUUCGAGGAACGCUGGAGAACCUGCGGACCCGGCUCAGCGUUCUAGAACAGGGGGGACGCGCCGGCUCCAACUCCGCCGCGCACACACUGGCCUCCCUGGAGACGCAGCUGAAUCGCCACGACGACAUGCUGAGCGUUCACGAGAUCCGAUUGGCCGACAUGGACCUGCGGUUCCAGGUGUUGGAGACCGCCAGCUACAACGGGACGUUGAUCUGGAAAAUCCGUGACUACAAGCGUCGGAAAGCGGAGGCGGUGUCGGCCAAGACGCUGUCUCUGUACUCGCAGCCGUUCUACACCGGAUACUUUGGAUACAAGAUGUGCGCCCGCGUGUACCUGAACGGCGACGGCAUGGGGAAGGGGACGCACUUGUCGCUGUUCUUCGUGGUGAUGAGAGGAGAGUACGACGCCCUGCUGCCAUGGCCCUUCAGACAGAAGGUGACCCUGAUGCUGAUGGACCAGGGUACGUCCAGAAAACACCUGGGUGAUGCCUUUAAGCCCGACCCUAACAGCAGCAGCUUCAAACGCCCGUCGGCCGAGAUGAACAUUGCAUCAGGAUGUCCACUGUUCGUGUCGCAGAGUGUCUUGGAGACAGGAAGUUACAUCAAAGACGACACCAUCUUCAUCAAAGUUACCGUAGAUACCUCUGACCUUCCUGACCCCUGACCUCUGACUCCACCCACCUCACUGCUCUGAGAUCAGCUGGCCCGUCUGCAGCCGGCAGAGUGAAGGAUGAUGGGAUACGAGCGCUGGAGGAGGACGUCCAGCUGAGAGCCACGCCCACCACAGAAGAAGAAGAGGAGGAGACAGGAACGGGCCAAUCACAGUGGACCUUACAGAGACCUCAUCUGAUUGGCCAUCGGACUACACAAUUGAACUGUGUGUGUGUGUGUGUGUGUGUGUGUGUGUGUGUGUGUGUGUGUGUGUGUGUGUGUGGGGAGAGUCAUUGUUACUAUGACGACACUCUCCUCCAGAGAGGCGACGCCAACAUGGCCGCCGCUCAUUACUGAUGCUGUGCAUCGAGCUUUAUUUACCACGGCAUGAUGGGAAAUCUGACAGCCACAGGGGGGACUGGACCGGAUCGGACCAGACCCCAAAGGUGUAGACCAGGUAGAACCAGAUCUGACCAGAAGCCACAGGUGUAGACCAGGUAGAACCAGAACAGACCAGAACCCACAGGUGUAGACCAGGUAGAACCCUAAGGGACUGGUGGUUGGGGUUAUUGGUCUGAUGUGAUGUUUAGUUUCUUUGGGUUCAGAUCCAGGUUCAGAUCCAGGUGCAGAUCCAGGUUCAGAUCCAGGUGCAGAAGUCGAAUCCAGUUCAGAGGAGGAACGACAAAGAACUGUCUGCAAACACUGAGUCCAGCAGAGUCUGAUAGAGUCCAGCAGAGUCCAGCAGAGUCCUCCAGGGUUCACCAGGGUCCUCCAGCAUCCACCUGGGUCCCCCUGGGUCCUCCUCUGUGGGUCCCCCAUGGUCCUCCUCUGUGAGUCCACCUGGGUCCCCCAUGGUCCUUCUCUGUGGGUCCUCCUCUGUGGGUCCACCUGGGUCCCCCAUGGUCCUCCUCUGUGGGUCCCCCAUGGUCCUCCUCUGUGGGUCCCCCUGGGUCCUCCUCUGUAGGUCCUCCAUGGUCUUCCUCUGUGGGUCCACCUGGGUCACCCAUGGUCCUCCUCUGUGGGUCCCCCUGGGUCCUCCUCUGUGGUUCCUCCAUGGUCCUCCUCUGUGGGUCCACCUGGGUCCCCCAUGGUCCUCCUCUGUGGGUCCACCUGGGUCCCCCAUGGUCCUCCUCUGUGGCUGUUGUGUUUGUGGGUUUGUCAGAUUCAUCAGAUUCAUUUGCACAGUUUGAAUGUUUGUUCAUGUGUGACAAUAAAACAGAAGAACCUGA